AUGGAUAGCCCAAGAAGCCAAGCUGAGGAGUCUGAUUCAGAUGGCCGCCGGAACUGGAACACCGUGUCUCCACGCUUCAUGCGGGGUCUCCAGCUCCCACCUUUGGCUCCUCAAGCUGAAGAUGCAGGGUUGAAGCAUCUUCUCGAGGAGACGCCAAGCAAGUGGUUCUUGGACGACCAGAAGUACUGCCGGAGGGAAGUCCUCGAGGAGAAUGUGAUUGAUGCAGAGAUGUUGAAAAGAAUAAAUUUCUUUCGAAACUUUGGCCCAGUCUUCUUGGAUGAGCUCUUGAACACGCCAGAGAGCAUUCGAAAAGUGCUGGUCAUGCCUGGCACUGUGCUGCUUCGUGAGGGUUCCCCUGGAGACUCCAUGAUGGUCAUCUCGAAAGGUCGGGUGGCGACCUCAGUGAACGGCCGCGUGGUGAAGCACCUGGGUGAAGGCUCUUACUUCGGCGAGCUGGUUUUUCUGGGUGCCACGCUUUUGCGCACGGUCACGGUGACGGCCACCACCUUUUGUGACGUCAGAAUCAUCUACAACAAGAGCUUCCGGCGGAUCGCCGAGAAGUACCCGGAGGUGCAGGCCACUCUGAGCAGAUUUGAUUUGGGAGACACCCGGAUGAACGCGAAGGUGGCUGCCAAGCUGGGGAAAAGCCUGGCUGAAGCCUUGGCUCAAGUCUUCCAGCCUCUUGGACCGGAAGAAUGCCGCCUCCAGAUUGACCUUGACCUCGCCAAGAAAGCUAAAGCCAUUGUCAUCUUGAUGGGAGCGAUCGUUGGUGUGAUGCAAGACCUCAUGGAGUGGCAAGACCUCAUAAAAGCAGAGCAUCCGGCAUCCGGGGAAGUGAGGUGA